AAAUAAUAAUUAUUGGUCAGAUAAAUAAUCAGAGUAUUAGGUAUAUAUUACAAUUGAUUUAACCUCUGACAGUGUAUUUUCUAACUAAUUUCACUUCAUUAAACUUUAGCAGAUGUAGCCAUAUGUGGUUUCCUAGUAAUUUAGUUUGAUAAUGAUACCUGAUUGAAAAAGUCUUCUCUACAGAGUAACACCACAUAUCUUCUUGCAAAGUCUUGAGUCAACCCCCGGUGAAUCUCCGGACCGAGUCUUCCCUGAAUAUCAUUAUCACAAGUCAAACGAAGUCAUUCGAUUCCGAAUACUAUACAUAAACAUGGUUCUUGUGUCUGAAAAUGGGACUAAGAGAGAUGGAAAGAAAAUCGGCAGAGCAACGUCUUUACGACGCUGCAUCGAGUGGCGAUGCAAGAGCUCUGCAAGAACUACACCAAACAGAUCAAUUCCUCCUCGAUAAAAUUUCGUACACAUGUUCAAACAAGACUCCUCUACAUAUCGCAACAACGAAAGGGCACUUGGCCUUUGUUCGAGAAAUCUUGAAAAUAAAUCCUCGUCUUGCCGAGGAACUAGAUUCCCAACAAUCGUCUGCGCUUCACAUAGCCUCGGCUAGAGGCUAUGUGGAAAUUGCAGAGGAGUUGUUGUCAGCUGCACCUGAUAUGUGCCUAUCGCGCGACUCUCAGGGCAGGAAUCCUCUACAUCUCGCAGCCAUGAAAGGCCAUGAUUUGGUCGUGACGUUGCUCGUUGAGGCAGCUCCCGUCGCUGCCCGAGAAAAGCUCGAUCGAGGCCUCACCGUUUUGCAUUUGUGCGUUAAGUACUCCCAGUUAGAAUCUUUGAAGAUUCUGGUGCCUAUCUUUAAGGAACUCCUCUAUUCAGAGGAUGACGACGGCAACACCAUAUUGCACAUGGCACUCGGGAAUAAACAAUCGGAGAUAAUUCGAUACUUGGUGCAAAACACAGACAUGGAUGUGAACGCGACAAACUACAACACCAAAACAGCAUACAACAACAAACCAAUCAAAUGGCUUACCAAGAAACGGGACUCCAUAAUGGUGGUCGCGAUCCUCAUAGCAACGAUGGCCUUUCAAGCCGGAGUGAGUCCAGCUGGCGGCGUUUGGCAAGAAGAUCUAACGCAAGAUCCGCAGGGCAACUACCUCGUAAACCCACACAGAGCAGGGGAGUCGAUAAUGGCGCACCAUCAUCCGAAAGCAUUCAAGAGCUUCAUAAGGGCAAACACGAUAGCCUUCAUCUCGUCUCUCAGUACUAUAUUGCUUCUCAUAAGCGGGCUCCCGUUUAGGAAGAAGAUAUUCAUGUGGAUUCUGAUGGUGAUUAUGUGGGUGACGAUAACAUCCAUCGCUGUGACAUAUGCGAUGUCGAUUGCUGCUGUCACUCCGAAAAAGUUCGGGAGAUCGCUGAGCCAUGUUAUUGAGAUCGGGUUGGCUGUGUGGACUGCUGUGAUGGCCACUCUUCUCGUUGGGAACACGGCUCGGUUAGCGGACAGGUGGCUGAAGAAGAAAGGUGUUAAUGUAUGGCGUCCUAAACGAUUUCGAAAUUCGGUCGAAGCGUGCCAGGAAAAUUCUACUGUCUGAAUCUGUUUUUGUCAAGCAAGUGUGUAUGUGUGUGUGAUUCUUUUUUUUUUUUUUUUGAUCAAUAAUGAGUUUCAUGUUUUGAAGUUUGGAUUUUUGCAGAAGAUGUAAUAAAAUGUAUUUUGCUUACAAAUUUGU